CAGUGCAACUCUACUUGCCUUUAAAGAUCGUACAAAUGACAAGUCCGAAUUGACAAUAAACACUCGAACUCAACUGCCGUUACUUUCUACUGAAUCGCAUGUUGCCAACUACGAUACGCCUCAAAGACGCGAGCUUUUACAAACAUAUGGAGGAAUGGGUCCCUUUCAGCAAUGGUUCAACGAGGUCGAGGCUGAGAAAGCUGUAUCUGUCAUGGCACUAGACGACCGGAUUAGGUCAGGAGCUGCUAAUAUUCCUGCAUCGCAUAUAUCACUCAUAUCGCCCACAUCGAGUCAUACGGAUACCAAGACACUAGGAAAUACAGUGUAUAAUGGGAGUGAUACUACUCCACCUCAGGCCAAUACAUCGCCACGUAGUAUGACGGUGACGGCUAUGAAUGCAGUUUCAUCGACCACACUGUGGGUCAGGAAUUGGUUUUCGCAUUAACUUGACUGCUGAGUUUGUUUUUUAGCUUGAAGAGCAUACAAUGAUAUAGCAUACAUUACAAACAAUUUGAUAUAAUCAACACAUAUGGGAAUCAAGGGAUUGAGUUUAUUUUCAGAUUCACACGAGAUAUGAGUUGGAUAUUGGAAUGAAAUGAGUUAAGCUGGUAAUAUUCCAGUGG